AUGACAAUACUUAUUCAUCUUAAAUUUUUACCAUGUCUUUUUUCAUUACGAAUUGAUCUUAAACAUGAUUAUGCCAAUCAUUUCAGCGAAAUAUAUCAAAUGAUUUUUUAUUUACCUUUUUUAAAAUACAAUAAAUUAUCAAUAUUGACAGAAAGAAAACCAAACAUUUCCAUUCCAAUUGACAUGUAUGAACAAUUAAGUACUAUAGAAUAUCUAGUUUUGUCUCAUAUUUGUGAUCUUUCUGAACUUACUUCUAUACUUCGUCAUACACCACAACUAAAACGUUUAACUUGUCAAAGACAUUGGGAAUGUUUACUUUCACAACAUAUGCCUUACUUAUUUCGAUUUAUAUUGAAAUAUGAAAUGUUUAUUAAAGAUGUCAUUCUUUCUCAUACAUCUAUCAAUCAAUUUAAUUCACAAUUUUGGUUUCAACGAGGAUGGAAUUUUCGACUUGAUAUCAAACCUGAUAAAAUAUUCUAUUUAAUUUAUCCAAUUGAAAAAACAUUCUUCAUUUCAUACAAUCAUCAUUUUAUACAACAUACUAUUAGUUCCAUGCAAUUUUCGUCACCUAUUGAUCUUUCUAUUACAAAUUAUUCCAGUGUUUCAUGGGAACCAUCAUUUAUUGAGACAUUACGUCUCAUAAUAUACGACAUACCGUUUAAAAGUUUACAUCUUUUUUGGAGUGGAAUGUCGUAUUGUACAUUAGAUGUCGAUGAAGAAUAUGAAGAAGCAGCUGUCAAAAAACGAUAUCUUGGCAUUGUUAAAAAUAAACGUAAAGUUCGUCGUUUAAAUGAUUGA